CACUACCAUCACCUAUUAAGGACUUAGGGGGUACAAAAUAACUUAAACCAAGUACUUUUUUUUCGAGUUUGGUUUGGAAUUUAUUUCUUUUAAUACGUAUUUAAAAGGAGAAUUUGGACAUUUAUUCUCUGCCUGGAAAUUCAAUCCAGUUGACGUUCUUUUCAUUAUAUCUUGUUUCUUUCUCCACGAGGAUAAAUUUUGUUCUUUAAACUUUGUUCUUUUCUAACAAUUAUAUCACUGUGAGGCUAGAAUUUUUGUUUUGUGACCCACAUUGCUUCGUACAUUAUUGAAAAUCACUUUAGAGCGUGAUCACCAGUUUUCCAUUGGUAUAAUCACUUCCCUAGCUUAAUUUUCUUUUUCUUUUUCUUACUUCAAGUCCUUUAGCGCUUUUUUAUAUACACCCCGUCUCUAAAAUUAUGGCUGUCUCUUUGCUCCCCCUCGUAUUGUCUGGUGUUUUGGCCUGGUACGUAGGUUAUAUCCUUAAUCAAAUUACCAACCGCAAUCCCAAGCGCCCUCCCAUUGUCUUCCAUUGGGUACCAUUCCUCGGUUCUGCUGCCUCCUAUGGUAUUGAUCCUUAUGCCUUCUUCCAUGAAUGUCGCCAAAAGUAUGGUGAUGUCUUUACUUUUGUUUGUAUGGGUAGAAAAAUUACCGCUUACCUUGGCGUCAGGGGUAAUGACUUCCUUUUCAACGGCAAGCUCGCGGACUUGAGUGCGGAAGAGGCUUACUCUCAUUUAACUACUCCUGUCUUUGGUAAAGACGUCGUCUACGAUGUUCCUAACCAUGUCCUUAUGGAACAUAAAAAGUUUAUCAAGUCCGGUCUUGGUUUUUCUCAGUUCCGCUCUUAUGUUCCUCUUAUCCUUGGCGAAAUGGAUGCUUUCCUCAAUGCUUCUCCUGAUUUCGGUCCCGGUAAGGAAGGUGUCGCCGACUUGCUUAAAAGUAUGCCCGUGAUGACCAUUUACACUGCUUCUCGUACCUUACAAGGUGCGGAAGUUCGUAAAGGCUUUGAUGCUGGGUUUGCGGAUUUAUACCAUGACCUUGAUCAAGGUUUCAGCCCUAUUAACUUUGUCUUCCCUUGGCUUCCUCUACCCAGAAACAGACGCCGCGAUAGAGCUCAUAAAAUUAUGCAACAAACUUAUCUUAACAUUAUUAAGCAGCGUCGUUCAAGCACUGAAAACCCUGGUACUGAUAUGAUCUGGACAUUGAUGAAUUCCAAGUACAGAGAUGGUCACCCUCUUAAAGAGCACGAAAUUGCUAAUAUGAUGAUUGCUCUUCUUAUGGCUGGUCAACACACUUCUGCUGCCACGAUUAUGUGGGCACUUACUUUACUUGGUAGCAAGCCUGAAGUUAUUGAGAUGCUCUAUGAGGAACAAAAGCGUGUGUUGGGCGAAGGUGAAAACUUUCAUGUUGACUUUGACAAGUACAAAGACUUGCCUUUGUUGAACUAUGUUAUCCGUGAAACUCUCCGUCUCCAUCCUCCUAUUCAUAGUAUCAUGCGUAAGGUGAAGCGCGAUUUACCUGUGCCUGAUUCUAAGGUGGUCAUUCCUGCUGGUACCCAUUUACUUGCCGCUCCUGGAUAUUCCGCUACUCACGAAGAUUUCUUUUCUCGCGCUAAAGAAUUUUGCCCCGAGCGCUGGGGUGAACGUCCUGAUGACGAGGAGAAUGCUGAACAAAUAGAUUACGGAUAUGGCCUUGUUACCAAAGGUGCCUCUUCUCCUUAUCUCCCGUUUGGCGCUGGUCGUCAUCGUUGUAUUGGUGAACAAUUUGCUACUAUGCAUUUGAGUACUCUUAUUAGCAAAUUUGUUCAUGAUUACACUUGGACAACCGUUUUAAAGGUACCUGAAGUAGACUACUCUUCCAUGGUUGCCCUCCCCUUGGCUCCUGUCAAAAUAGCCUGGAAGCGCCGUGAUUGAUUUUUUACGUUCGUUUCAUCAACUCGAAAAAGCCCUAGAUACUCUGUUUUUAGUUUCUUGCCUUUUAGGAUAUUGAUAAUGUUUCUUUAUGUUAAACAACUUUUUGUUGAUGAAGAUGCUCUCACAUGAUGGAUGCAUUGCGUCUUCUAUUACCUCUCACAGUAAUUGUAAAACGACUAUAAACUUUUUAUACAGACUAUUAAGCGUUAACCCCGUAUUCAAUAUUCAUUGCGUAGAGCCCAU